AUGAAAUAUACUAAACGUCGGAGGAUAUUUUUAAAAAUUAGAAAAUGGAGGAGGAAGACUAUGCGAGCGCGAUCACAGUUGUGUCCUGUUUUGUUCAAUACGUCUCUUCUUCCUUCUCUCCCUCGAUUGAAUCCUCUCAAAUCCGUUUCCGCCACGAUGAGCUUCAGAGGGGAGGAGAGUGGGAGCGGCGGUGAGGACGGUCGGGGCGACCUUAGGAAGCCGUUCCUCCACACCGGUAGCUGGUACCGGAUGGGCACGGCCGGCAUGGGGUCGCGGCAGUCCAGCCUGAUGGCUUCCUCCGCCUCCGUCCUCCGCGACUCCUCCAUCUCCGUCGUUCUAUGUACCCUCAUCGUCGCCCUCGGCCCCAUCCAGUUCGGCUUCACGGGCGGCUACUCGUCCCCGACCCAGGACGACAUCAUUUCCGACCUCGGACUCUCGCUGUCCGAGUUCUCGAUAUUUGGCUCCCUAUCAAACGUCGGUGCCAUGGUGGGUGCGAUCGCCAGCGGUCAAAUUGCCGAAUAUAUCGGGCGCAAGGGGUCGCUGAUGAUUGCUUCCAUUCCUAACAUCAUUGGAUGGCUGGCUAUUUCCUUCGCCAGAGACGCUUCGUUUUUGUAUAUGGGUCGGUUAUUGGAAGGAUUCGGCGUUGGAGUGAUCUCCUAUACAGUGCCUGUAUAUAUAGCAGAGAUAGCUCCACAGAAUUUAAGAGGGGCACUUGGCUCUGUGAAUCAGCUUUCUGUGACUAUCGGCGUUUUUCUAGCUUAUCUACUGGGUAUGUUUGUUCAUUGGAGAUUGCUUGCAGUUAUAGGAAUAUUGCCAUGUACCAUCCUCAUUCCCAGUCUUUUCUUCAUUCCGGAGUCGCCAAGGUGGUUGGCAAAAAUGGGCAUGAUGGAAGAUUUUGAAGCUUCUUUACAAGUUUUGAGAGGUUUUGAUACUGACAUCACUGUUGAAGUGAAUGAAAUCAAGAGAUCUGUGGCAUCGUCAACAAGAAGAACAGCUAUACGGUUUUCGCAACUGGGACAAAGAAGAUACAAACUUCCUCUUAUGAUAGGUAUCGGUCUGCUUGUACUGCAGCAGAUAAGUGGAAUCAACGGGAUCCUAUUUUAUGCCAGCAACAUUUUCAAAGCUGCUGGGAUUACAAAUAGUGACCUUGCCACAUGCGGUCUUGGAGCUAUUCAGGUGGUUGCUACUGGUGUUACCACAUGGUUAACAGACAGAGCUGGUCGGAGAAUUCUUCUUAUAAUCUCCACUGCAGGAAUGACACUAAGCCUUCUCCUAGUUUCUGUUGUUUUUUUUCUUGAGGGAGUCUUUUCUCAAGAAUCUUAUCCAUACCAUGUAAUGAGCAUUCUUUCUUUGGUUGGACUUGUGGCUUUUGUCAUUUCCUUCUCUCUUGGGUUGGGAGCAAUUCCAUGGAUUAUUAUGUCUGAGAUACUUCCUGUUAACAUAAAGAGUCUUGCGGGCAGUGUAGCAACACUUGCCAACUGGUUGACGUCGUUUGCGGUAACAAUGACUGCAAAUUUGCUUUUGAGUUGGACCUCUGGAGGUACCUUUUUGAUUUAUGCAGUUAUGAGUGCCCUCACCCUAUUGUUUGUCAUAAUAUGGGUUCCUGAGACCAAGGGAAGAUCUCUUGAAGAAAUACAAUGGUCUUUUAGAUGAGUUCUGUAAAUACUCAUCAAGUGUGCUCUUUAUAUCUACUUGACUCGAGACCUCGCGGGUUCUUGAGUUUGUUCAGCCAUGGGUGAAGUACCAAGAUGAUCAAACCUCGGCUAUUGCUUGUACCUGUUGUCUCUUGUAGUAUAUAUAUUUUUGUAUCAUGCUUGUUUAGCGAGUCCACUCAAUUUUCAUUUCCAGUUUUGCUAAAUCGAUAUGGACAUAAAUAAACAGAAAUGUGCUUUCA